GAACGUGAUCACGUGAUGACGCAGCGGUCACAUGACGCAGUCUCAUGCUACAACAAAUCGAAAAUCUCCCGAUUACUCUUUUUUUUCUGACUGCACAACACGCGAUCCAGCCUACAGCCGCCGCUCAGCCGAGGUUUGAACAGGGAGGGAUCUGACUGCUCGACGCCAACCAGACUGGGUCAACCGCGGAGCUGCAGAUGGAGGUAGCGGGAAUGGAAGAUGAAGGACCUUCGACCCAGAGUGAACUUCCAGAUCUCCAGGCAACGCAGCAGCAGCAGCAGCCGCCGCUGGAUCUGCAAAGCUCCACGCCUGUAGAGAACGUCUGCGUGGAUCAGAAAGCGGUGGACAAACUCACGGAGGGAUUCCUUUCCCACUAUCUACCAGACCUGCAGAACUCAAAACGAGCCCUGCAGGAGCUCACGCAAAACCAGCUGAUUCUGCUGGACACCCUGGAUCAAGAGGUCACCAAGUUCAGAGAGUGCAACGGCUUGCUGGACCUCAACUCGCUGUUCACGGAAGCCAAAGUUUACCAGAACAAGCUGGUCAACAUAAGAAAAGAGAUGAUCAUGCUCCACGAGAAAACAACUAAGCUAAAGAAGCGGGCGUUGAAGCUGCAGCAGCAGAAGCAGAAGGAGCAGCUGGAGAAGGAGCAGCAGCGCGAACGGGAGCUCGAGAGGGAGAGGCAGCUUAUCGCCAAGCCUGCUAAAAAAACGUAGACCUCGCUGCGACGGCUCCGGCGCUAAAGAUCCGCCCUGACGGGUUUGGCCGUCUCACUCUGUUUACUACGUGUCUCCGGUCAAUCACACAACUUUCAACCAUUUUCCAAAGUGCGAGCUGGAUAAUCAGACAGGCAACACGUUAGUUGCUGCUUUUGGGGAUCCUUGAUACGUUUUUCCCUCAUUUAGUCCAUUUUUACUUUCCAGAUGUUGCAAAACAAACAAUUCAGUCAGGAUUUAGAGUUUAAGCCUUCCUCCAGGUUUACCGCCUGUCCCACAUCUCAGACAUUUUUAACUACUUGUUCUCUUUGAAGCUGUUUUCAGCAGAAAAAAAGUUCAUAUCAGACCACCAUGGCAGCCAAGCUGUUCAUGUUCAGGUAUUUAGUGUUAAUUAUUCCUCUGUGGAGAAAAUGAACAUUUAAUCCUCCUUAGUGAAACUAGCCUUGUGUGGGCGCUUUGCUCAAUUGUUCCUCCGCACCCUUCAGUCAGCGGCGGGCGCCUUGUGCACUCGCUGUUGUGAGGUUAACUCCUGGUUUCCCUUUCGGACAUGGUUUUAAUACAAUUCCCUACAGAUCUUGUGAUUUAAAAUCUUAUGGAACUCGGAAAAUAACCUCCUGCUUCGGGUCAGCUUUGCAGUGACACUCCUAUAUCUGCUCGGCACAAAAACGGAUGACUUCUGUGCAAAAGGCCAGUUGUUUUCCCUGAUCCAACAUGGCGCUACGGAGCCUUUUUACAUCCCUGUAAAUGUGUAGGUUUUGUGAGAGAAAUGGGUUUGUGGGUUGAGGGGCUGUGGGGUUUGUGCCAGAGCGACGAGCACAGCCACACUGGCUGACCUCUCUGACCAACGCUAUGUUGAGGUGUGGGUCAGUGGCGUGGGGAUGGCGAGCAGCAUGUGGAGGCGCCACCAGGCUGCUGUGUUUGUGUACGUGCACAACGUGUUACUGAGGCCCUCAUGGUGAAAUGAACUGUCAAUAUACACCGCCUGUCCAAAAAAAAAAAAAAAAAAAAA